GUGUCUUAAUCUAAACAGGAAGCCUGUCCGACCCCAGUGCAGCUGUAAUAAAGAGUACGGUUGGAAUCUAUCCUGGCUAUGGUUUCGCCAACUCUCUCUCAAUUUCAGUCAUAAAUAUUUACAAUCUGUUGGAUUACUCUAUUCAUAACGCUGCGGCUCUCUAAAUAGCAACAUGGCUCAGGAAUUCGUUACGGCCAGAAUUAAAGGGGACAAAGUAGUCGUGUUUCUAAAACCGUCAUGCCCAUAUUGCGUAAUGGCAAAAGAUGUUUUGUCAAAGUAUGGAUUCAAAUCUGGACACUUGGAAUUCAUAGACAUCACUGGACGAGAUGACAUGAGUGAAAUCCAGGAUUACCUAAAUAAAAUAACAGGUGAUCGAACGGUGCCACGGGUGUUCAUCGGUAAGAAGUGUGUUGGUGGGGGCAGUGACGUUAAAGCGCUGGAUAAGAGUGGGAAACUGGAGGGAAUGCUGAAGUCAAUCGGAUCGCUGCAAUGAUCUUCAGACAGCUGUGAAUAUCUGCACCACCUGGAAAACCCCUUGCCUUCGGUCUGUCUGCUGAACUGAGACCAAACAUUGUGUGUCAUCUAUAGCGCUGAUGUUAGAGGAAGUUUCUUCGUUUGUCACCAGUCUAUCUUCAUGACUGUAGGCCUGUCUCGGUUCCUCCAGUUUACAUCAUUAUAUCACUUAACCACUAUCUUUUGUAUAAAAUAAAAGACAAAUGUUAACUAG